AUUUGGGCCAGUCCAUUAUCAUAUAAUGGUUUUUGUAUGGUUCUGUUGAGAGGGGUUUGGGGCCAACUUUUCAACUCAAACCCUACCGGAUUGUCUCUUCCGUCCACCUCCUCCUCCGUCGAAAUCAAGGUAAAAUAAAUUAGAUGGCUGGUGCAUUUUGGGCGACACGUGUGUUGGAGAAAGUGAAGAAGCAUGACUCUGGAGGACUCCUUUGGAAGAGAAUCAAACUCACCACUACCCGUAAAGCCAAUGCUAAGAAGCGUCUUCUCCGUGUGUGGCAGAAUGAAGCUGUCCUCAAGGCAUGUUCUGAACCAGCUCCUUCAGUAAAUUCUUCUGCCGGCGCCAACAAUGUUGCAAAGACUAGUUAAGUUAAAGGGUGUCUCCACUUAAACGUUGUUCCGACAGUAUUUUGGGUUCCCAAUCCUAUAUUAGUUUUUUUUGCUCAGGUGCUUCAAUUAGCCAAUGGUUUUGACUUUCUUACGAAAACAUGUAAGUUGUAACCUCUUUAGGAUGCAUAAGCUGCAAACCCAUUACAGCUUUUUAGAGCUUGAGCUGCAUGAUAUGUCAUGUGUAAGGAUUACUAUCUUUCUUGGUUUCUUGUGAAUAGUCUUUUGCCUAUUUUAUGAAGCCAAGCAACUGUUCUAAAUUGUGGUUGUUGGAAUGCAAAAUUAUGAUCUAGGCACGUGUAUGUUCGUAGUUCGUUGCUGAUUUUGGUCUUUAGGUCAUCAAACUACUUGUGCAGCGAGUAACUCGUGUUUGUAAUAGCUCUGAUUGAAGAUGUUUGGUUUUAUCGGAAUGGCUUUCCUUUUUAUGA